AUGGAAGCUACUUCACAACCAUGUUUCUCUCAGAAUUACCUUACAACUCAAAAACCAGUAACAAGAUCAUCAGUAAAUUACCAUUCCUCACUCCAUUCGACCCGAAAGCAACCUACUAAGCCAUGGAAAAAACCCGUGACAGCUUCACUUCAGCGAAUGCGUCCUCAAGUUUACCGAGUCGAGCCUGUUAACUUCAAGGAGUUGGUUCAGAGGUUAACCGGUGCACAAGACCAUGAGCCAGAGGUGGUGCAUCAAUUUGAGUCUAAACCACUCAAGAUCUCUGAUGAAACAACAGCUAAUACCGAGAAUCCGUUUGCGGCGUUUGAUCUGUCACCUUCGUCAUCUCGGUUCUGGGAAGCUUUCCCUCUUCUCAGUCCUGCAAAUCUUUCAAGAUGGUAG